UGGCAGGUUCCGCAGAAUCGUUCCCGGCAAAACCACCAAUGGACUUCCACCUUUUCAAAAAGUGACAGUUGUCAUCUCGUGAGUCACACCAGUCUGAUGUAUAGCUAGAUGUGCGGCAAAUUGUGCGCGCCUUUGAAGAACAAAUUCUGCAACGGCCAGCUACUUUUGAGAGUUUUGAGAGCCCGACAAUUCAUGCCAAGCAACUUGAAGUUGAAGCAAACCGACCUCCUCGUGCUGUCAGUGUAUUGGAGGUUGAGGGAGCUUCAAACGUACCAGCAGAGUGAGCAUGGCGUCGGCUAUUGUCCCUGUGGAGGAGGCUGCUCACGCGCCAGGGUUGCAGGGCGAGAUUCAGGCCUACUACGCUGAAGCUGCGCACAACGCAACUGAGGCGGAAGCCCGGAAUGCUGCGUUUGAGAAAGUUCCUGUGUCCAGGUUUCCUGGUCUGCCCCAUGGAACAGUCAUUGAGAUCCCCAGCACUGCCAGCGUUGCUGACGCUGUGCUCACCCUGAGCCGGCACAACAUCUUGAGCGCUCCCGUCAGGAAUGUGGAUGGCCCCCAGGACGCCAGCUGGAUUGACAGGUACCUGGGUGUUGUUGACUUCCCCGGCAUCGUUCUGUGGGUUCUGGAGCAGUCGGAGCUGGCUGCUGCUGCAAUUGCCGCUGGAGCGGCCGGCGUGGGUGGCUUGGCGGCCGGGGCUGUCGGCGCGCUUGGGGCGGUCGCCCUGGGGGCAACAGGGGUGGGGGCUGCUGCUGGGGUAGGGGUUGGAGCGCUGGCAGUGGCGGCCGCUGCAGGUGUAGGUGUGUCCACCUCGGGGGGCCCUGCCAGCUCGGGUCCGGCGGCAGCGGAUUACAUGGAGGGGGACUUCUAUAAAGCCCUGCAAGAGACGGACUACUUCAAAACAACAACGGUGGGUGCGGUGGCGGGCACGUUCCGGUGGGGCCCCUUUCUGCCGGUGCAGCUGGAGGACCGCCUGCUGACGCUGCUGCUGCUGACCAGCAAGUACCGCCUGCGCAGCGUCCCCGUCGUGGAGCCCGGCCGCGGAGCGCUACGCAACCUGGUCACGCAGUCCGCCAUUGUGCGCUGGCUGGCGGACUGCGCAGGGACCGACUGGUACGACAGUGUCGCCAACAAGACGCUCACGCAGCUGGGCUUGUCGCUGUCCCCCGCGGCUGUGGUGUCAGUGUCGGGCGACAGCCCCGUUCUCACCGCGUUCCAGCUGAUGAAGGAGCGCGGCGUGGGCGGCGUGCCCGUGCUGGACGGCGAGGGCGGGCCCAUCAUCGGCAACGUGUCGGCACGCGACAUCCGCUUUCUGCUCACCUCCCCCGACUACUACGCUGAGCGCGAGAAGGUGACGGUGCGGCAGUUCGUGAGCAGCGCGGGCGCGGCGUCCCCCAUCGCCGACCUGCACUUGGACACGACGAGCCCCGCCAUGAGUCCGCCCAUCACGUGCACCGCCGACAGCACGCUCGCCGACGUGGUGGCCACGCUGAGCCGCGCGCGCAUCCACCGCAUCUACGUCGUCGACGCGCAGCGCCGCGUGCAGGGGGUCGUCACGCUGCGCUGGAUCAUCAGCAGGUUUGUGACGGAGCCCAAGGAUUAUUUCAAGGAUUUCUUUGAGGGCGUAGUCCCGGGAGCGACCGUGUCGUCUUCUUAGGUCACGUCAUGGUGCGGUACGCCCACGCUCCGAGGCGGGCCUCACAUCCACGGCACCCUGUUGGAAACCCGAGCUGUUACUCCUUACUAGAUGCUUUCCAGUAAGAGAAGAGUGCAUGUACUAAACGCACGAAAGAGCAGGAAGUGUAUCUAAAGUAGACAAUUUUCCUAAGUUGUAAUAUUGAGUUGUACAGAUAUGCUUUCUUUAAACCAAAAGCCAUAGACCAAUUUGUUACGAUAGAACAUAAACCGUAAUCGGAUACGACACGGCCGGUAUCAGCCAUGAGAUGGGCAGGCUCGCGAUCGUGCACCAGCUAUCUUUGCGCCC